AUGAGUUGUGAGGAAUCUUGGAGAAACAAAGUGGAGAAUUUACAGAAAGAUAUAGAGAAUAUGAAGAAGACUCAUGAGGAACAGAUGCAUCAGCUUUAUGCUAAGGUGAAAGUAGCUGUGGCGCGAAAAGACUCAGCCAUACAAGCGCUAACAAGAGAAACGGCGAAAUAUCAAGAGAAAAUAACGAUAUUAGAACAAAAACUACAACAGCAGAGGAAAGAUUUUCUAAAAUCGAAAUAA